UGCUGAAACACAGUCAUAAGCUGUCAGCAAUUUAAUACUUAUAUUUACAUGAUCAGUCAGCCCGGUUGGUGCUCAUAAAGGCGUAAGGGCCAAUGCAAACCGGAAACAUCAUAAACUGCCAGAAAUAAAUGCUUUCCAGUUUGUUCAGUAAAUAAAUCCAGAUGAGGUGACCCAAUUGUUUUGACCUCCCAAUUAAAAAGUGUAAGAUAAAUGAUGAUUCGGCAGGCAGGGCGGGCGUGACGUCACACGCGGGGACAGGCGGGCGCUCCGGAAGCAUUCGGGGACCGCGCACGCCGGCCGGUAGCGAAGUCCCGCACUCCCUGGACCGACGAUAUCGUUAUUGCGGCCGAGCGCGCCAAUUGAAACGCGUGUCCGUUGCGCCCAAUCGGGCCGUGCCCUCUUCGACUUGUGAAAUUUCAAACUACGAAUAUUUUGUAAUGUGCGUUUUAACAUAAUUUUAAUAUUUGUGUAAAAAUGAAUAGUUUUAUAUAUUUAACGGUGAUCGUUUUAUUAUUAAACAGUUUAUGUGCACAAGAAAUAUAUGAAAAGGUGGAUGCUGUGUUAGGACAGAGUGUGGAACUGCCAUGCAACGUGACUUCGGAAAAAAAGAACGACAAACUGAAUAUACUUGCCUGGUACAGAAAUGGUUCGACUACAGCAUUUUACAGUCGCGACUUACGCCACGGGGACAAGAGCACCACAUCGACAAGCAAUCGGUACCGACUGGUGACGGGAGAAGCCAAGGGGGAGGACAAGCUGCAGAUAGCCAACGUACGAGCCUCUGAUGCAGGCUUGUACACCUGCCUCGCAGACUUCGCAGCUAGCCCAGCUUACAAAACUCACGUUCAAUUAGCUGUCAUUGAACCACCGCGGCAUCUAUGGGUUGUACAUGAAAAUGGCACUCAAGUGGCAAAGGCCAGCGCUGGCUCCAACACGAGCCAAAACGUGGGACCUUACUACGUGGGGGACACCGUUCACCUUGCUUGCGUGGCCUAUGGAGGUAAGCCUCUAGCUUCAUUGUCAUGGUGGACGGACCAGCGGUUUUUGAAGAACACCCUGACGCCACUGUCGGAGCAUCGUGUGCGCGGUGACCUGAUAUAUGGACCCUUGCAGCGAGAGGAUCACGGCCGAGUCUUCACAUGCUUAGCUAAAAACAACGAGAUUAUCGCACCGUUGUCUAUAGACAUCACCAUAGAUAUGUACUUGCCGCCUGACUUGGUGUCCCUGCGGAGCGAGGGCCCGGACUCGGACGGGUCGACGGGGCGGGUGCGCGCGGGCGAGGCGCUGGCGCUGCAGUGCCGCGUGCUCGGCGCGCGCCCGCUGCCGCCCAUCGUCUGGCGGCUCGCCGACAAUCAGCUGCUCAACUUGGAGCAGAAAAUUACUAUGGAGCCCUCACAGCGGCUCGUGGUGAGCGACAUCCAGCUAACGAUAGACCGGAAGUACGAUGAGUCGCACAUUACGUGCUGUGCGCCUGCGCACCGCCGCAACUCGGAACAAUUCGUAUGCGCACAACCACUACCCCUCACCGUGUUGUAUCCACCCAUACUGGAAAUCGUGGUGACAGACGCGGAUGUGGAGAACAACACGGUCACAGUGAUCAAAGGAUCCAACUUGUCACUAGCUUGUAGUUACCAAGCCAACCCUGAUGUAUACGAACUUCUCUUCAUUCAUAAGGAAGAUAUAAUAGUGAAUACUGACAAAGACAGUAAAGGAAAUGUACAGCAGUUUUUAGAAAUUAAAAACGUAACUGAAAAGGAUGGCGGCGAGUACGCGUGUGUCGCGAACAAUAACGAGGGGUCCACGUACAGCGAACCGAUCAACAUACACGUUAUUUACCCCUCCUACUGCGAAGAUAACGCCAUAAUGGAAUACGGUGUUGGAGUAAACGAAGCGGUAAACUUGACUUGCAACGUGAAAAGUAACCCCGCGCCGAAGUCAUAUCGCUGGAUUCUAGUCAACGAGGCUGUGAACAUCAGCACUCUAAGAAAUCGUCCGCAUGAAUCUGUUGAAACUGAAGAUUCGAUAUUGUUGUACCAGCGGCCUAACGGAACUGAUUACAGUACAAUAUUCUGUUGGGGACAAAACGAUGUGCCUUCAAAAGGGCUGAUUCAUACACCAUGCACAUUCUUGGUGACCGGAGAAACAAUACCUCGUCCGCCAAGUAACUGCGAAGCUAAGAAAAAUUCCAUGAAUGACAUUAUUAUCGCGUGUGAGAAAGGACACGACGGAGGAUUGCCUCAGAAAUUUAAAUUCACCGUGCAAGCUGUGGACACUGAAGAAGAAUUAGUUUCAAUAACCAAUUUGGAACCAAAGUUCAUGAUACAAGAACCGAGUUACGAUAACUACAAAUUCGUGAUCAUAGCUUUCAACGAUAAAGGAGAGAGUCAAGUUGUAGAGGUCGAUAAGGGCAGCAUAGUGAGUGAAGAAAUUGCCCCCCCGGUGACAGUGAGCAGCGUGCGCAACAUAACAACACUAGCGCUGGCGCUGUGCGGCGGCGUGGCGCUGGUGGCGCUGGCCGCCUGCGGACUCGUGCUCUGCACCUACGACCGCACCUCGCGCCUCGACCUGCCGCGGGACCUCUCCGACCCACCGCUCUGCGCCUAUAAUACUGAAGAAUCGAACUGUGAAACAUAUCACGACAGCGACGAAGGUAGCGAGUGCAACGUCAGACGGACGGAUUCGUUCCGGCGAGCCGUAUCGAGACAUUCGUCCAAAAACUUCGAUGUGCGGCGGACUAGUUCCUUCCACUCGGCGCGCUACAUGCAUGACGCGGCCGACCCGGAGGCAGUGAGCAAGUGCAACGAAAUACCUCGACACACCACCUGCAGAGUACACUCCUUGCAGAAUAUCCAUAGAAAGAAAGAAAUGGAUGCGCUCUGUGAUCACCUAGUGCUGCAUCUACCUCCAGAAACUAAUUACAACGUUCCGAGACCGAUGAAUACAUUCUACACGAUGCCAAGAAAAAUGCGACACAAACUCGCAAAGGAGCUUAGUGACGAGACUUCCGAAAUAACACAGAAUUCAGAUGGAUUUUCUUUGCCGCCUCCACCAGACGAAUUCGGCACUUAUCGCGCAGGAACCAGAAUCAAGGACAUGCCGACUAAGUCGACACCAACGUACACAACAGUUAUAAGAAAGAACUCUACAGGGAGGGAUCCCACUAAACAGCAGUAUAACGUGUCCACAAUGAACACAGUGGGACUGCCCACGGUCAGUGGCGGCCAACACGGCGGAGUGUACUCUUACCCAGACGACGACCAUCACCCAUCCCAUCCGCAGGUAAAUACAAACCCUUUCGACGAAGACUCCUCAUAGUCAUUGUCCAUUUAUCAUUAAUCUCGUACUUUUGUUAAUUUAAAGGACACGCUGAGUUCUACUGGCGGUUUCCAAACUUAUUUCACCCCUAGGGAAUCUGGAUUGUAAAUAUUAAUAGAAUAAUAUUAAUUUACGAUCAAUAUAAAUGUUAGAUCUCAUUAAGCAUAUAACAUUCUAUGAGGUACAUAAAUCACAAGCCGGUUCGCUUAUAUUAUCAUCGUUUAUUUACAAAAAUAGAAAUCAUAUUCAUAGUGCCUUUUGAUGCAUAAUCACUUAUAUUUAUAAUUAUGCACAUGAUUCAACACAUUUGUACAUUUUACAUAAUUUUAUGAGGAGAAUGUUUGUAUGUCACUGCCACUGCAAUAAUUAUGUUAACAAUAGUUUAAUAUAUUAGAAAAUUAUUUAAUAGUAAUUAAUUACUGUAUGACUUUUUGUAUGUUUAGUAAUUUAUGAAAAUAUUAAAUAAAAAAUCAGUCAAUAA